AUGAUGAUGACUGCUAUUCUGUAUGUACUACUUUUGACAAAAGUUGCGAAAUGCGGGGAUAGGAAUGAGAGUGACGCUGGAAUAUAUGCAAAUAAUUUGACUAAUGGGGGAUCAUAUGAAGAACCCGAACGUGAUGUAACGCUAAACUUUUCGAGUCCAGAUGAGGAGGCGGUACAUGUAGAAAGAGGAGGAAUUAAUGGUGUACUGUGCGCCUUCUUUUCUCCGAAUAAUGGGUUUGCCAUCAAGGAGGUAACCUAUGGCCCAGAAGUAAUUUGGAACGCGGAUGAAACCUCAAAGUGCACACGGGCUGAGCUCUUUACGUUUGGACCAUAUGCGGUCUCUGUCAUUGGGCUAAAUGAUGAUGGAAUGCUAGACUUUAAAUAUUAUGAGAAGGAAGCAGGGAGAUGGAGAUUGGUCACACCCUUUACCUUUAAUCUUCGGCUCUAUUCCAUGAUGGCCAGACAUCCUAACCGAGCUCCAGAUGCAGGGUGA